CACAGGAGACAUUGUAUUUCGGGAAUGACGCAGGAUUUGAAGAGAAAGAAGCUCUGAUGAAAAAGAAGACUGAAGGAUAUGGAAACGAAUCGAACGUAACUGAAUGUAGAGAGAUGUUUGGUUUUGAUGAAGAUUCAGAAAAGAAUGACAAUUCUGUGGCUAUUGAAGAAGACAAUCGCGGUCUAUGGGGUAACAAAUGUGAGUUCUUUCUUGCAAUAAUGGGCUAUACUGUUGGCUUAGGGACCGUAUGGAGAUUUCCUUACUUGUGUAGCCGCAAUGGUGGCGGGGCAUUUCUGAUACCGUUCUUCUUGUUUAUGAUCACAUCUGGUGGUCCACUGUAUUACCUAGAAGUGUGUCUGGGACAGUUCAGUGGAAAGAGUGCUGGACUUGCUUUUGAGUUUUGUCCAUUGCUGAAAGGUAUAGGUCUGUUGCAACUGAUUAUAUCCCUAACUGUCAUGUGGUACUGGAUGCUUAUCAUGGCUUGGAUUCUGUAUUUUCUGUACAACUCAUUCUUUCCGGUGUUACCUUGGAGCACAUGUGAUAACAAAUGGAAUACAAAUAGUUGCAUAGGUAUUUCGGAGCUGUGGACUGAUACAUCUGUAAAUACAAACUAUUUGCUCUCCAAUACGUCAGUGGAUAACAAUGUUUCAAUUGCCACGAGUUACAAUGCGUCAUUUGAAUUCUACAGCAAUUCAGAACAACUUUUCAACACAACAGCAACAGUACUGAAGCAGCAGUCGUCAGCAUACGAGUUCUGGGAGUACCGAGUGAUAAGGCGAUCAGAUGGUUUGGACGAUAUGGGAAAUGUUCAGCUGCACCUUCUCAUUUGUCUGUUUCUAUCGUGGGGCCUCACUGUUGCUGCGGUAAUCAAGGGUGUAAAAUCACUAGGAAAGGUAGUUUACGUGACGGCAACAGCUCCGUAUAUCUUCAUUACCAUAAUGUUUAUCAAGGGACUGACGCUAGAUGGGGCUUUGGAUGGAAUUAUCACAUUUUUAAAACCUGAUUUUUCUAAAUUGCUCACAGCACAGGUCUGGCUAGACGCAGCAAUACAAGUGUACUUUUCUCUUGGUCCGUGCUGGGGAGGAGUCAUCACAAUGUCAAGUUACAAUCCGUUCCAUCAGAAAUCUUUCUGGACAUCCACAAUGUGCGUGGUGAGUGCAGCAUUCACAUCAUUUUAUAACGGUUUAGUGGUUUUUACUCUCCUAGGAUACAUGGCGGCCUCUACGGGUAGGUCUGUUCAGGAAGUGGCUUCCCAAUCAGGUCCAGGUUUGGUGUUUGUGGUAUUCCCAACGGCUUUGAGUCAAAUGCCAUUUCCUCAACUUUGGUCUGUUUUGUUCUUCAUCAUGCUGGUAACCGUGGCGUUUGACAGUUUGUUUGGAACGUUCGAGACAGUAACAAGCGCAGUUGUUGACUUUUUUCCACGCCAGCUUAUAUCUAAACGCACAUUGGUCAAUGUGUCUGUAGGUCUCGCUUACUUUGUCUUUGGCAUUCCACUAACGAUGAAUGGUAGUAUGUAUCUUUUCCAACUAGCGGACUGGUAUUUCUCCACAUUUGGGCUUCUUGUUGGUUCCAUCUUCGAAUGCAUUGCUCUCUGUUGGAUAUACGGUACUGAUAGAUUUGCUAAAGAUAUAGAGAUAAUGACUGGUAGGAAAGUAUGUGUUAUGCUACGCAUCAUGUGGGGAGUUUUCAUACCAAUAACUCUUAUUAUUGUUUUCAUUGUUAUCCUGGCACAGUAUACAACGCCAAAAUAUGGCUACGAUUACAGUGCUGGUGCGAUAGCAACAGGGGCCUUCAUUGGAAUGUUGCCAAUUCUAGCAGUUUUCUUGGCGGCUGUAGUAACUUUAUUAAGGAGUAAAGGUCACUUUAUGCAGCGCUUGAAGACCAGUUUGAAACCCAGUAAGGAGUGGAUUCCGCAUGACAGAAAAGCUGCAGAGGAGUACAUGGAGAAACCUUACACGUAUCCUGAGACCUGGUGGGGAUAUAUUGCGUUAAAUUUGAGAGGGACAAAAGACAACCCUGUCUUCUGAACUUGUAGAUGCCGCAGUUUUCAGAAUUUACAUGCAUACGAUGACCUUCAUUGCGGUCGUAGCACAACAAAUUAAUAGCAUAACUUAUCGGUCAAUAUAUAGUUAAAGCUUUUGCCCGAGGUCCGAACGACCGGUGGUAAAUAAUUUUGAUUCAGUUAUUAUUAUCUGUCUUUGUUAUGUUAUAAAUGAUAUGUAAUAAACUGACAAAUACGUGCUGA